UCUUGGACCAACAAAAUAAGUGGUAAACUUCGAGCGAGGGAAGUCCAGGAUGUAGGAGUUCGAUGCCCUAUUGGUGUUUAUAAUUUUAUGUAUUUUGUGUAAAAGUAACCUAUGUAUAAAUCCGUGAAGUUUCCUACGAUUCUGAAAUUCCGUCAUACGCCAAUGUUCAGAUUCGCCGUAUACCCUUCCUGCCCACUCCGCACAGUGGGUAUAAAAGCGAGGGAGCGGUGAGCUCAUCGAUUUAGUUUAGUUUGGAUGCUCCGCAAGUCUCGACGAUGCUUCGCUCAAACUAUCUUUUGCUGAUCAGCGGUUGCUGCCUGGUUUUCGCUGUCUCAGCGCAGAUUCCCAUCACGCCCCGGAGUUGCCCGGCGAACGAGACUUUCCUGGCCUGUGGUCCCGAUUGCCAAACGGAGUGCGCCACGCUGGGAAAGCCCUGUCUGGUCAGGCACAUCCGAUGCCCAGAUGGAUGCUACUGCAACAAGGGCUUCGCGAGGAACGCCGCGGGCACGUGCAUCCCCCUUCGGCGGUGCAGCACAGGCGGCUACGGAAACUGAAUUAACUGAGCAUGGAAUACGGUCUUAUUAGAAGCAGCUCAAACACUGAAAACGGCAAGACAAUAAAGUUCACUGGCAUUGUGUAUGGCGCGUACAAUAAUGCAAUGAUAAUGAGGCCACAGCGUGGCUGAAAACGAACCAGCGAUAUCUGGGUGCGAUUCUGAUGGAGGUGCAAGCCUAGGCCUCGCAGGUGUUGUCAAUAUGAUCAUUUCUCAAGUUUACCGCUACGUUUUAUCAUUUAGUGCUGUACUGGUUGUACCAGUUUUGGGCUUUUGAUCCAGCUAUUAUUGUAAUCAAGACAGCAAGCUUUAUCAGUGAGAAAGCUCUGGUUUCGUCUUAUCUCUUCAUCGAAAGCACUGCGUUUUUGUGUGCGGUAAGUGUGAGUUCCAGCACUGCCGAAAUACAAAGUGUGAUAACUGUGUUCUAUUGUAGCGUGUGUAUUGUUUGUUUAAACAAACAUUUAGUGCGAUCAAAGUGUUAAUGUUAAUGUUAAUGUGCGUUUCUUGGAGCGACGGAUAUCUAAUCGGCGGAGGAGAUGAUGGUAUGUUCUUGGGCCAGGCGUCGUCGUGAAGUAAAGCACCAUCCCAUGGCAUGUGGCGCGGCGUGGCGUAUCUGGCGGAUACAUUUCGCUCUUGGCAAACAAAAUUCAGCUCAAAUUGAAUUACAAAUAUUGUGUCGCACAGAGGAACCAUACCAUUUCGGCCAACUUAAUACUGGUCUGCAAAAGCUCACCUGAUAGAUGCCACGUGCCACGCAGGCUGAGGAACUUUGGGGCAAAACUGGCCGUCUGAUGCUGCUGCUGAGGACCUCGAUGUUGCUGCUGUGGUGCUGCAAUGAAAUCCAGGGUAGAGUUGAUUAAAAAAAAAAAACCAAAAUAAAUUGAAGCCAAAGGCAGGGCAUUGUCCUUUGGUCUAACCUCUAAGCAUUUUAA